AAUCCAACGGCGCAGACAAAUCAUACGCGUCAGUGCAAUUGUUCCCUGAAUCCUCAAUCCUCAUCUUCAUAUACAUAUACAUCCUCCCUUCUUCAGCCACCAUCUCUAUUCUCUCUUCAAUCUCCCAUAAAGCUUCAGAUUCACAUUCACAUAUAUAUACUUACACAUAUAUAUCUCUAUCUAGAUUAAACACAAAACAUAUAUAGCUAUACGAUUUAUUUUCUACAGAUUUUGAGUGGCUGUAGAGAAUAUUUAAUACAGGUCUAAAAUAAUGGAAACAAACAACGGUCCUGAAACGCCGGAGAAUAAACAGCCUUCACCCCCGCCGCAACAGGCGGCGGUGAGUGAGGCGGAGGCGAAUGUAGUGCCAGUGGUGACUCAGCAGCCAUGGGUGGCGAUGCAGUAUCCGGCGGCGGCUAUGGUAAUGCAGCACCCACCUCACUACAUACCCUAUCACCCACACCACCACCACCAUCCACCGCAGCAACAGCAGCAGAAUAGAGGUGGAGGAUCCAACAACGAGAAUCGUACGAUUUGGGUCGGCGACCUUCAUAAUUGGAUGGACGAGGAUUACUUGCGCACCUGCUUUGCUUCCACCAAUGAGGUUGCCUCCAUCAAGAUAAUUCGCAAUAAACACACUGGUUUCUUGGAGGGAUAUGGUUUUGUUGAAUUCAACUCACAUGCUGCUGCAGAGAAAGUUCUGCAAACAUAUUCUAGCAUGACAAUGCCUAAUGCAGAUCAACCUUUUCGUUUGAAUUGGGCUUCAUUUAGCACGGGUGACAAGAGAUCAAACAAUGGUUCUGGCCUUUCCAUCUUUGUAGGAGAUUUAGCUGCAGAUGUUACAGAUACCUUGCUACAUGAAACCUUCGCUAAAAAAUAUCCUUCUGUUAAAGCUGCUAAAGUUGUCGUAGAUGUCAAUACUGGUCGUUCAAGAGGGUAUGGUUUUGUAAGGUUUGCAGACGAUAAUGAGAGGUCGCAAGCAAUGACUGAAAUGAAUGGCGUGUAUUGUUCAAGUAGGCCCAUGCGAAUUGGUGCAGCCACACCACGGAAAUCAUCUGGAUACCUACAACACUAUUCUUCACUAGGUGGAUACUCCAAUAGCGCAUCGCCACAAGGAUCACAACCUGAUGUAGAUUCUACAAAUACAACAAUUUUUGUUGGAGGUCUUGACCCCCAUGUCAGUGAUGAGGAUCUCAGACAGCUUUUCGCUCAGUAUGGGGAAAUAGCUUCUGUAAAGAUACCAGUUGGGAAAGGAUGUGGUUUUGUGCAGUUUGCAAAAAGAAACGAUGCAGAAAAAGCAUUACAGAAGCUGAAUGGAACUGCUAUUGGCAAGCAAACAGUGCGCCUUUCGUGGGGACGAAAUCCAGCUAAUAAACAGUCAAGAGCUGAUUUUAUGAAGCAGUGGACUGGACCAUACUAUGGGGGACAUUUUUAUAAUGCUUAUGGAUAUGCUUUUCCACCACCGCAUGACCCUUCCAUGUAUGCUGCAGCUGCAUACGGGGCUUAUCCAAUUUACGGGACUCACCAGCAACAAGUAAGCUGAAAGUCUGCUCCAGAGCCUUAUGCUUAGUGGUGCAUAUGCUCAAUCUGUUUGUUUCAAGAUCGGGCAUGUACAACAUAAUUAACCCCUCCAAGUGAGUGGAACUAAAUUUUGACUUGAAACCUUAGUCACCUAGGGAUUUGAUUAAACAUUUAUUUGUUUGGGCUUCACAUGAAACUUCCUUUGAUGAAAUAAAUGAUCUUGCCUUGGUAUGUUCA